GAGGAAUGCAGAAGCUUUACCUUCUGUGAGCAUUGGGCCCAGUGUUUCUUGAAGAAACAGAUUUUGACUGGUCAGGAGCAGGGCAAUGAGCCCACCAAGCCCAACGACGACUGCCGUAGCUUCUUCAAGACGACCAGCUGUGAGGCGGAGCAGCGUGGCCCAGCCACGGUGAAGGUGGUGUCCUACAACUUGUACUGGUGGAACGCCUUUGGGUUGAAGGAGAACGGUUGGAAGAGAGAUGGAAUUCUGCAGAACAUCAAAUCGGAGCUGAGGCCCGACACCAUUGGCUUCCAGGAGUGCGACUCUCCGGAGCUACUGACGGGUCGGACAGGUCUGGAGGUGGCGUCCAAGUUCGCAGGAGCUCAAGGAAUCAUGGUGAAACCCAAGAAGUUUCGCAUUUUGAUGGCUGGCUCACGGGAUUUGGAGGCCACUGGCAAGUGGGGCACCAGGUACAUGACCUGGGCAAAGCUGGAGGAUCGCAAUGAGCGUCGCUUCUGGCACUUCAACACCCACUGGUGUGUGCAUAGCAAUGCCAACCACGUGUGUGAUGAGGAGACGCGCUACAGGGGCGCCAAGACCAUGGUGAAGGAUGGCACCUUGUACCUUUGGGGACGGACCAGUGAGACCGAUGAGUCGCUUCAUCUACUGCGCGUGAUGCAGGAUGAGAAGAAUGCUGGAGACAGACCUGGAGUAAGUUCCAAAGAAGCCGUGGCAGCUGACUGGUCCCAAGGCAAAGUCCUCUUGGGCACCAUGGCUGGACGCCUGCUUUUGUGGGAUCUCCUCUCCGGCAAGAUCUUGAGAGUCUUCCGCGGCCAUCGCAGUUGCAUUGACGUGGUGAGAGUUUGCUGGCAGCGAUCUGAAGCCUUGAGCGCCUGCCGUGAUCGUGUCAUCCGCUUCUGGAAGAUGGAGACAGGGGAGUGUAGCCUGUUGCGUGGUCACACCAGUUCUGUUUGCUGCUUGCUGGUGAACUGGGAGCUAAGGCGAGCCAUGAGCGCUGGAUUGAUGGACGGCCUUCGCUUGUGGACUUUGGAGUCACGGCAAUCCGUUGAGGUGAGCCGGCUGCAGAUGGGAGAAAUGGGCAGGAUUUUUUGCUGCGACAUUGAUUGGAAGAAUGAAAAGGCCAUCACUGGAUCAGGACUUGGUGUUCUAACGCUUUGGGACCUCAACCUGCUGAUGAAGAUCGUCUGGCGGAACGAUUCCCACGGACAUGAUGUUUAUGCCGUCUCCUUUGAGCCUGGAUCGAUGCGCUGCCUGAGUGCUGGCGAGUUUUCGGUCUGUAUUUGGGAUCAGAUGGGCGCAUUGCAGUGUCGAAUUGAAGGAGCCUUUGGACAAGCAAGUCUGGUACUGGAAUGGAAGAGCCUUUGGCUUCUGUGUGCUUCAGACGCAGUUUACCUUUACGACAUACCUGACAAAGACACCAAGCCGGAGACUGGAUUCAAGGCCAAGAUGAAUUGCCAACUCAAAGAUGAACGAAAAGGGGCCCACCAGACUGUUUCACUGAGCUGUUUGGCAGUGGAAUGGCCUGAUGCCGUUUAUCUAUAGCUUGCGAACUGUGGCAACUCCUUCAGCAUCUGAAAAAUGAUCGAAUCGUUGGACCUGAUUGGCCGCCAAAACUGGGCGUGCCAGUCCACUGGCUUCAUUUGUGCUUCAAGCCAAAAAGCGACAAAAGCUGGACGAAGGAUUGCCAGGAACCCCACUGAUCACCAAAUUUGACCUUUUUUCCGUUGGCACAUCCACAAGUUCCAUGGCAAGUCAUAGUCACCCCACCCGUGUGGUGUGGGUUCUCCAACCGCAGUCUCCAAAU